UCUGGCUGCGCCGGUGUUCCGAGUCAGCGGUCACAUUCAUGGAGCUCAUGUGAGCACGAAGCACGAUUCGAUAGUGUGUGAGCGCCAGGCGGACCGUUUUUAACUAACAAGAAUCUUGAGUGAUCUCUCGUAGCUCCUCACCGCCGUCUUUCUCAUUCCCUCCGCAUUCGUCGCAAUGAAAGUCAAUUGGAGCAAGGUAGACCAACCUGAGGUCGUGUUCCAGCAAUUUCUAAGUCGACGAUCCCAAGUCUAUGGUACCAAGGGUGUCGUCGCAUGUUCUCAACCGCUCGCAGCGGAGGCUGGACUCGAAAUCCUAAGGAAAGGCGGUAAUGCAGCUGAUGCUGCUGUUGCAACCUCUGCUGCUCUUAAUGUGACAGAGCCAAGUUGCUGUGGCAUAGGAGGGGAUGCCUUUUGUCUCUUCUAUGAUGCCAAAACGAAAACCAUAAAGGCGAUGAAUGGCUCUGGCCACUCUCCUCAGAAGUUGUCGGUCGAUUACAUGCGUCGACGAGGUGUUAAAGGCGCCCAGAUUCCCCUCACAGACCUUAACUGUGUCACCGUCCCAGGUGCUGCUGCUGCGUGGGUUGAUACUGUGGAAACGUUCGGAAGUGGAAAACUCACCGUCGCUGAAGUUCUGGCGCCUGCAAUUAGGCUCGCCGAGGAAGGAGUUCCAGUAUCCGAAAUUCACAGUUAUAAUUGGCAGCGCUCGGAAAAGUUGAUACAAAAUGCGUCGCCGAACGGACAUGAGAUGCUUUUGAAUGGAAAGGCACCUCUCCCAGGUCAAAUCAUGAAGUUCCCCAACCUUGCCAAGACUUUCCGCGCUGUCGCGGAGCAAGGAAAGGAUGGUUUCUAUAAAGGUCGUGUCGCAGAAGCUAUAGUGGAACUCAUUCAAAGCAAAGGGGGUGUUAUGGAACUUGACGAUCUUGCAAAGCACAAGACGACAUUCGUAGAACCGAUCAAAUACACUUAUGCUGGAGAUGUUACUGUUUAUGAGUGUCCUCCCAAUGGUCAAGGCAUCACUGCAUUGGUUGCUCUUGGCAUUCUCGAGCACAUGCAGAUACAAGGAAAGAUUCCGUCCCUCCUGGAAUUAGAACACAACUCUGCCGAGUAUCUCCAUGCACUCAUUGAGGCUCUGCGUCUCGCAUUUGCGGACACACAAUACUACGUGACUGAUCCUGAGUUCAACAAAAUCCCGGUCGAUGAACUACUAAGCAAGGAAUAUCUAUCCAAACGCGCAGCUCUAUUCAAUGCUCAAUCUAGGAACCCCGACAUCGUCCACGGAAACCCAGUGAACUCAUCUGAUACGGUUUACUUCACUGCUUCGGAUCAGUGGGGAAAUGCAUGUAGUUUUAUUCAGAGCAAUUAUGCAGGAUUUGGGACAGGAGCUGUACCCAAGGGAUGCGGAUUUACUCUUCAGAACAGGGGUGCUGGAUUCGUUUUGCAGGAGGGCCACCCUAACUGCUUACAGGGUGAAAAGCGGCCAUACCACACCAUCAUCCCUGCAAUGGCGUUACGAGGGGACGAUCUAUUCCUCUCCUACGGCGUAAUGGGUGGUUUCAUGCAGCCCCAAGGUCACGUCCAGGUCCUGCUUAACAUGCUGCGUGGAUUCACUGCCCAAGCUGCCCUUGAUGCCCCUCGGUUCUGCAUCUCAGCUGGAAUGCCUGACCCAGAUGACAAGGAUCCUGCUGCUUUCGGUGUGGUUAACGGUGGGAUUAACUUUGAAGAUGCUAUUCCCAUGUCAACUAUUCAGAAGCUUCGCGCUAUGGGCCAUGAUGCCAAUGUCGUCAGCGGCUGGGGGAGGGAGAUAAUGGGCCGUGGACAGAUCAUUCAGAAGAUUGUUGAUGCGUCUGGGCAGACUGUUUGGGCUGCCGGGAGCGACCCAAGGUCGGACGGUCAUGCCGUAGCGCAGAUUUAAGGACCUCCCUCGAAAGGGGACUGAUACAUUGUACUAACACUCCAGACAACAUUCCAGAUAAAUGAAGUCCAAUAAAUAUCCGCAAUAAUAUGGCGAAUUAUGU